UGGAGGUUGGAGCAGCUCCCACCCAGUCAGUACCUAGCAGAGCUGCGGGUGCCUUCACAGAACAUCUCCGGAUCGCUUUCUGAGGCUGACCGACGCUCUAUCAAGACAGGCUGUCCCACGUGCAGACCCGUCACUCAGCCACUCGGUUGAACUGGUCCUCCCACAGAAGUGACCCUGUGGCCUUGACCUAAGUCACUUGGUGACCCCGCAGCCUCUUUCUAUGACUCCAUCUGAAUUUGGCUGGCUGUGGGGACAAGCCUCAAGGGACUGCCUGGGUCUCCGUGGGCAGCAGUCAGCCCUCUGGCUAUGAUGUCAAUCGCCCGGAACUGAAGGGACAGGCUGCAGCCUCAGGGUCGGCAUACAGGACCUGAUGGACAACAAAGCCAUGUACCUGCACACCGUGAGCGACCGUGACAACGGCUCCAUCUUUGAGGAGCCCUUCGAUGGCAGGAGCCUGUCCAAGCUGAACCUCUGUGAGGACGGUCCGUGUCACAAACGGCGGGCAGGUGGCUGCUGUACACAGCUGGGUUCCCUGUCAGCGCUGAAGCAUGCGGUUUUGGGGCUCUAUCUUCUGGUCUUCCUGAUUCUUGUGGGUAUCUUCAUCUUAGCAGUGUCCCGGCCUCGGAGCUCCCCAGAUGACUUGAAGGCGCUGACUCGGAAUGUCAACCGGCUGAAUGAGAGCUUCCGGGACAUGCAGCUGCGCCUGCUGCAGGCUCCGCUGCAGGCGGACUUGACAGAACAGGUGUGGAAGGUUCAGGAUGCGCUGCAGAACCAGACGGACUCACUGUUGGCCCUGGCAGGCUUGGUGCAGAGGCUGGAGGGCGCACUGUGGGGGCUGCACGCGCAGGCGGCGCAGACCGAGCAGGCCGUGGCCCUGCUCCGUGACCGAACGGGACAGCAAAGUGACUCCGCGCAGCUGGAACUCUACCAGCUGCAGGUGGAAAGCAACCGGAGCCAGCUGCUGCUGCAGCGCCACGCGGGCCUGCUGGACGGGCUGGCGCGCAGGGUGGGCAUCCUGGGUGAGGAGCUGGCUGACGUGGGUGGAGCACUGCGUGGCCUCAACCACAGCCUGUCCUACGACGUGGCCCUGCACAGCACUCGGCUGCAGGACCUGCAGGUGCUCGUGAGCAAUGCCAGCGCCGACACACGCCUCAUGAGGCUGGUGCACAUGGACAUGGAGAUGCAGCUCAAGCAGGAGCUGGCCACGCUCAGCGUGGUGACCGAGGACCUGCGUCUCAAGGACUGGGAACACUCCAUCGCCUUGAGGAACAUCACCCUCGCCAAAGGGCCACCGGGACCCAAAGGUGACCAAGGGAAUGAAGGAAAAGAGGGAAAGCCGGGCACUCCUGGGCUCCCUGGGCUUCGAGGUCUGCCAGGAGAAAGAGGUGCCCCAGGACUGCCUGGUCUCAAGGGUGAUGAUGGGAAGCUAGGGGCCACGGGUCCCAUGGGCAUGCGUGGAUUCAAAGGUGAGAGAGGCCCAAAAGGAGAGAAAGGAGAGAGAGGAGAGAGAUCUGGCCUUCGUGACAUCAAUCAUCCCCUUAAAUACCUGGAGAUUUGGCCCGGGGGCGGAAAACAAGAUCCAUAUGUACAACUCAAGGAAGUCAGGGAUUUGUUUUAGCUUGGUAAAUGGUCUGUUUGCAAGAUAAAUAUGUGUGUGUGUGUGUGUGUGUGUGUGUGUGUGUGUGUUAUUUACUCAUUCAUUCAUUCAGGCUAGUUAUUCACCGAUUCAUUCAUUCAUUCAUUCAUUCUCCUUCUCCUUCUGGUGUCUAGUAAUGGCUUGAUAAAAGCAGUGUGGGAAUGAAAAAGGAUACACACACACACACACCCAAAGCUCACAUCUGGUAACUGCAAACAUAAAGGGCUACACAUUUUGCCUAGAAAAAUCGGCUUGAAUCAAAAACUGAAGCAAAUGCAAAGUGCUGGAGAGAAAUUUCCAUCUUGCAGGGGGAGAAAGACUUGUUAACAGUGACAGGUGCCCUUGGGAAGAGCUGUGGUAGAAGUGGGGUCAAGGUCAGAGAGGAGUUAUGACCCAAACUCUGAAGAAAGAGUUGGGGUCCAGUAGGCACUUGUGGAGAGUGAUGGCAUCCAGAUGCAGGGAGCUGGGCAUGGAUCCGAUACUCCUGUAGGUGGGUUAAGUAAGUCUAAGGCAUUAGAAACAAAAUCCAAGCUCAGGGGACAGGUGAGAACACCCCCCCCCCAAGAACCUUGCAGUGGUAGGGAGGUUGGCCUCGAUCCUCUUCUCUCUGACCUUGGGAAGCCGCCAGCAGAAGUGGGCACUGUGUGGUGGCUGGGGGAACCAACCAGAAGCUGUCAUCCCUGAAGGCCCUUCUCCUUCGCCAGCCCUGAGGCAUGCCCUUCCUCCCCUGGGGACAGUCCCCUCUGUGGGUACAGGUUGCUCCUCUGCUCUAGCUCCUGCUUGGGUCUGUGGGGUCCCUGUCUUUAGCAAGGCCUUUUUCAGCAACAUCAACCAAAACAAAGACAAGAUCCAAACUCUACAAAACUGUAUAAACAGUCUGAACCAUAGGGUGGCUUGGAGAAAAACACUUGUUUCUUCAGAGCUCGUUCACAUGCUGUAACCUCAAGCUGGCUUUGCCCAUACCACAGUUUCCUGGCACUAGCCAGGUGUCCUACUUUAUCUGCUCAGUGUCACAGGGACCCCACUUUAGAUCCAGUAGCUGUAACUCGUACUUCCAGUGGCCUCCCUGAGUUCCAGCACCUCCUCCUGUUUCCUCCCUUAAAGAGGAUAUUCUCACCGUCCCUGGCCAGCUGAAGAGAGACAAGAAAGGGCUCCUGAGCCCAAGCAAGGAAAAAAAACUGCUACUGCCAACGCUUAAAGAAGUGAGGUCCCUCUUGGGAACACAGCGGUGAUGAGACCAUUAACAGAGUGCUAAUAUCUGUAUUCUAAACACAUCUAAGUAGAUGCAGGAGUCAAGGGCCAGGGCCUGAGAAGGGCAGCUAUUAGCAAACAAUAAACAAAUGAAGGCUUGGCAUGUGUACUGAGCAAGGGUUAGCAGCCAGGGGCACAUUUGGAAUUUGGGAGGGCUGGCUGCUUUGAACUGCUGUUCUCGUGGGUUAUUCAUGCCUGGUGGUCAAGCCAGCCAGCUUACUGAUCUGGGUCCAACACUCUGUUAGCUCUCCCCCAUGGCUCCGAGCUACUCAGUCUUUCGGCUCAGGGCCUGGAGGCAGCUUUCUCAGGACUCAGAGGCCUACUCUCUGGGAUUUGCCCUGCAAGAAGACACUUAGUAACACAAACCUCAGACAGAAGGUGAGCAAACAAUACCUUGACAGUGCUGGAGAGGUAGCUCAUCACUUAAGCAAGCUUGCUGCUCUCCCAGAGGUCCCAAGUUCGACUCCCAGCCUCCACCAGGGGCAGCUCACAGUGCCCAUAACUGCAGCUCCAGCAGAUCCAAUAUCCUCUUCUGGCCCACACACACAUUAAAAAUAAAUAUAGAUAAACUAAAACUUUAAAAUAAAGAAAAGAGUCAUGAACCCACCAAAGGACUGAAGAUGGGAUCAUUGAUGUGGGUUUUGUGCAAAUAAGGUUUAGGCUGAAGCAAAGUUGAGUUGGACAUGAAAACUUAGGAGUGACCUGACUAGUUGUUUAGGGAAGCAUUUCAAACAAACUCCAGAGGGAUUCCCAGUCCCCAGGACCCUGGGCCCUCUCUCCUUGUGAGGCUGGGUGGCAGAGGAAGAUGAGAGCCUUGGAGAUGACACUUAGAAGACUGAGAGCUGCCAUGGCUUGAUGUUCUCACUCCACGACCCCUCCCAUCCUUGGAUGUGGAAGACGCCUUGGAAGGUACUUGGGAUCAGCUUCAGAAGGCCUUGCCUGGCCGCCAUGGGUCUUUUCUUCAAGAGAUGCUAAUGAGAUUUACCUAGAAAAGAGAGAAGAGCUUGAGGGAAGUCUUGUGGGUGCAGUGAAGGCAAGGCUUCACAUUUGCUCCUUUGCUGACCCAGCCUGGGAGGGUCACUUGCUACCACACCUCAGCCCCACCAUGAUCCUCCCACUGAAUUCUCAGUGUGCCGUCGCUCCCUGGAACAGAGGCAGACACCCCUGAGAGGACGUGUCCUCACCCAGGGCCACAGUCUUAGCACCAAGCUUGGGUCUCCAGGUGAGGAUUUACAGUGCAGCUGUGGGAUGCUUAGUCCUGGACUUGGAAGGGCUCAUCCUAGGAAUCAGGAUGUGGAAGGAGAAAGAACCUCCCCAGGAGUGGCCACUGGGGCUGAAGGGAUGGGGAAAUAGGGGGAACUGUGGAGAUUAAGCAAUAGAUCUGUAAAGCCUUUGCCAGAGAGGUCUUUCAAAUGUCAGCAUCUCUCCCUGGAGGGCUUCGGUAGGGAAGGCUCAAGGCCUGCUGACAUGAUCAAUCAGCACUCCUGAUUGUCUCCUGGCUCUCCCAGCUUCCUUUCUAGCCCAAGAAAGAAAGAAAGAAAGAAAGAAAGAAAGAAAGAAAGAAAGAAAGAAAGAAAGAAAGAAAGAAAGAAAGAAAGAAAGAAAGAAGAGGUUUAAAGAGGUUUAUUGGCUCUCACCUCUUGGCAUCUUUUGAAAGACAGAAAACAAUGUGAGAGAGAAGAGCCUCAGCUAUCCAUAUGCCCAGUAGAUGCCUACAAGUAUAGUUGUGAGAAGCUUUGGGCUUUGACCCUUUCCCGCUGCCAGCGUGUGAGCUCCUAGCUCCAAGCUUUCUUCAUCUAUUAUUUGACAGACACAUCUUCUUUAAGAUGUAGUUUUACUAUUUUUAAUUAUGUGUAUGUGUGCCUGUUGGUAUGUGCACAUGAUGGAGAUGGAGGCAUCAGCCACCAAAGCUGGAGUUACAGGUGGUUGUGAGCCAACUCAUGUGGGUGCUGGGAACCAAACUCAUCUCCUCUGCAGGAGCGGGAUGCACUCUUAACCAGUGAACCAUCUCUGUGGCCCCAAGAUGAAUCUUUCUAAAAUAAGAUUUAUUAUAUUUAUUUAUCUAUUUAUUGUGUGGAUGUGUGGAGGUCAGAAGACAACUUGCAAGAGUCUGUUCUCUUCUUCUACCACGUAGGCCCCAAGGAAUCAAACUCAGGUGAUCAAGCUUGGCGGCACCUUAACCCGCAGAGCCGUGGUGCUAGCCCCUAGACACAUCUUUAUUGACAAGUACUAGGAACCAGGCAUCCAGGAAUAGCAGCAUCAGAGAGCCACACACGUGGUUUCCAAAGACUAUGUGACCGAGCUGGAGAAAGGAAGAUGUGAGUCAGCAGUUUAAAGGACUAACACUAGGGACUGGGGUAGGGGUGGCUCUGUUGUGCUUGUCACAUGGGCAGGAUGACCUGAGUUCAGAUCCCCAGAACUCACAUUAAACAAAACAAAACAAAACAAAAA